ACUACCUGCCGCCCUUAUAAAUUCAAACCAAACGAACGCACAAACCCAUCCAAGCCCCAAAAUGAAAUCCAUCCUCUUCCUCAUCUCCCUUCUCGUUGCCGCCGCCGCCACAGCCACCGCCACAGACGGUGACAGCCGGAGGGAACUGAUCGACGGCGGAUGGCAGCCGAUCAAGAACUUGAACGAUUCGAUCGUAGGGGAGAUCGUGAAAUUCGCGCUUGAUGAAUACAACAACAAAACCCAUUUGAAUCUGAACCUGGUGAACGUAACGAGGGGUGAAACUCAGAUCGUCGCCGGAAUCAACUACCGCCUCGUCUUCUUCGCCACCUUCGGAUCUGAUUCCUAUCGUUUAGGCAAAUAUGAGGCGACGGUGUGGGUGAACGAGGAGGGUCAGAAGAAGCUUACGUCCUUCAGGAGGAGGUUCAUAGCCUAGAUAUGAGAUUCCUCUUUUAAAUAAAAAUAAUUACAAAUGCAGACGAUGAAUCA